CAAAACCCAGCCGGUUGGUGGUAAUUGUGUUGGCCCAACCAACACAAUAGAAAAGAACUCAAAGAAACCUAAAAAGUUUGAUUUCUUAUUCUAAGUAUAUCGUGUUUUUUUUUCUUUCGUCUUCGUCUUGUUGUCAUCGAAGAUCGUUGUGUCGUUAUCUGAUCUGAAUGUGUAUAUAUAAUUGACAUUGGCUAAUUGAAACUUGUGCACGAACUACAAUAUUGACAUCCCAAGAGUGGGAAUAGUCAAUUAAGGAAGCAGAAAAAAAAACAAAAGAUAAAAAACAACAACACAAAUAUAUCCAAAUUGAUUCAAGGGAAUCAAUAUACAAAUUCUGUCAGUGUCAGUGUGUAAAUUGUUCGAGUUUACAUUUCCACUAUGAUACCCAUACUGGAGAAGCUGAGCGGCUUUUAUAGCACCUAUGUGCUGGCCAUACUCACCAUUGGCUAUAUUCUGGGUGAAUUGGGACAUUAUCUGAUUGGCGUUACCUCAAAACAGACGGCCAUGGAACUGGACUAUGGAGAUAUUUCGUGCCAACAGAAUACAAGUAUGUUUACACGGGAUCAGCUAACCACUCAGUGUUCGGCGGUGAGGAAUGAGAGCAGUUGCCAAGCCCUGGAAUUGAAUGGGACCACCUACUGUGAAUGGAACUACAAUGGCCUGGGCAUCGACUAUCAGAUAUUGGCUGGUCCCACAUUCAUAUUGAUCUUUACCAUUGCCGGCGUGUUCAUGGGCUUUGCGGCCGAUAAAUAUAAUCGUGUGAAAAUGCUAACCGUUUGCACGGUGAUCUUUGGCAUUGCGAUUAUCUUGCAGGGCACCGUGAAGGAAUAUUGGCAAUUGGUUUUGCUUCGGAUGGUAAUGGCGGCCGGCGAAUCGGGCUGCAAUCCUCUGGCCACUGGCAUUAUGUCUGACAUAUUCCCGGAGGACAAACGCGCUUUGGUAAUGGCUAUUUUCAAUUGGGGCAUUUACGGUGGAUACGGAAUCGCCUUUCCCGUCGGACGUUACAUUACCAAAUUGAAUUUCUGGAAUUUGGGCUGGCGUGUUUGCUAUUUGGGUGCUGGCAUUCUAACGGUAAUUGUGGCCGCAUUGACAGGAACCACUUUGAGGGAGCCGGAACGCAAGGCCAUUGGUGAGGGUGAUCGUCAAACGACGGCAAGUGGAAAGCCCAUUAGCCUGUGGCAGGUGAUCAAAAACCCAGCCAUGAUUAUGCUGAUGAUCGCAGCUUCGAUACGUCACUGUGGAGGCAUGACAUUCGCCUAUAAUGCCGAUCUCUACUAUAAUAGCUACUUCCCCGAUGUGGAUUUGGGUUGGUGGCUGUUCGCCGUCACUAUUGGUAUUGGUAGUGUGGGUGUUGUAGUCGGUGGCAUUGUGUCUGAUAAGAUUGUUGCCAAAAUGGGCAUCAGAUCAAGAGCUUUUGUCUUGGCCCUCAGUCAGCUGAUAUCGACGUUACCCGCCUUCGGUUCGGUAUACUUUGACCCCCUGUGGGCAAUGAUCACAUUGGGAUUGAGCUACUUCUUUGCCGAAAUGUGGUUUGGUAUUGUUUUUGCCAUUGUUGUCGAAAUUGUCCCACUACGUGUGCGAUCCUCAACAAUUGGAGUUUUCCUAUUUGUGAUGAACAAUAUCGGCGGCAACUUGCCCAUUUUGGUCGAUCCAGUGGCCAAAUCAUUGGGUUAUCGUAGUUCACUCAUGAUCUUCUAUGCCGGCUUCUAUGGCAUCAGUUCCAUUCUGUUCUUCAUCACCAUGUUCCUGCUUGAAGGCAAACCCACUGAAGCUCCCGAAGAAAAUACACAGAAAAGCCAUCCGGAUAACGUUCUAAAUGCUCGCCACAUGCACGGACAUGAUAACUCCGUGUUCACUGUUGAUGAGACUCUACCGCCCCACUCGAACAAUGGUCGUCCCUCGCACCUGCCCCAGCAUCUGCAAAUGUCCAGCAAUGGUUUCGACAAGUCACAACAACAACAAAGUGCCCCAGUGCGUCAUAAUGGCGCUGAGAGCAGCAGACUGUAGUCCUUUUAGCGUUCGCAAUUAUUAUACACAAUUUUUUUUGUUUAGUCUUAAGCGCUCAUAACUCUUACGGAAAAAAUGUGUAAUUUGUUGUAUACUCAUCACGUAAGGCAAUAACUAAUAUGAAUCGAUAUAAAAACAAAGAAUUCAUUAAUAAAGUUA